AUGGUACCACGUGAUCAGUCUACUUUGGUCGUCCUCGUCCUGGCGGCAGCGUGGAAGUUGUAGAUUUGAUUCAACUUAACCAUGCUUUCUUUACGAUUAUCAAGUUCUUUAGCUAGAAAUCUUGCUAGAAAUGUCCCUAAGGUCUACAGAGGUUCCUUAGGAGCUGCAGUGACCGCUGCUAGACAGCUUUCUACGUCSAAGCCAGCUUUUGCAGCCGCUGGAGCUGGUACAGCAGAGGUGUCAUCUAUCCUAGAAGAGAGAAUYCUUGGCACAGCACCAAAGGCUGAACUUGAAGAAACAGGAAGAGUAUUGUCAAUUGGUGAUGGUAUUGCUCGUGUUUUUGGCCUUAAGAACAUCCAGGCAGAGGAGAUGGUAGAGUUCUCUAGUGGACUCAAGGGCAUGGCUUUGAACUUGGAGCCUGACAAUGUUGGUGUUGUAGUAUUUGGUAAUGAUAAACUCAUCAAAGAAGGCGACAUUGUCAAGAGAACAGGAGCCAUUGUAGACGUCCCAGUUGGCGAAGAACUUCUUGGACGUGUAGUUGAUGCCUUAGGUAACGCCAUUGAUGGACAAGGACCAAUUUCAUCCAAAACCAGAGCUCGUGUAGGAGUUAAAGCCCCUGGUAUCAUCCCUAGAACAUCUGUAAAGGAACCUAUGUUGACAGGAAUUAAGGCUGUAGAUAGCUUGGURCCCAUUGGACGAGGACAGCGUGAGUUGAUUAUUGGAGACAGACAGACUGGUAAAACAGCUAUUGCUAUUGAUGCAAUUAUUAACCAGAAAAGAUUUAAUGAGGGAACCGAUGAAAAGAAGAAAUUGUAUUGUAUCUAUGUUGCUAUUGGACARAAGAGAAGUACAGUAGCUCAGCUAGUGAAGAGACUAAAGGAUGCAGAUGCKCUGAAAUACACUAUUAUUGUGAGCUCCACUGCCUCUGAUGCUGCYCCCCUGCAAUAUCUGGCACCUUACUCUGGUUGCGCUAUGGGAGAGUACUUCAGAGAUAAUGGCAAACAUGCCCUUAUCAUCUAUGAUGAUUUAUCAAAACAGGCUGUAGCCUAUCGUCAGAUGUCUCUACUGCUGCGACGUCCUCCAGGUCGUGAGGCCUACCCUGGUGAUGUGUUCUACCUUCAUUCACGUCUACUUGAACGUGCUGCUAAAAUGAAUGAUGACAAUGGUGGAGGUUCCCUGACUGCUCUGCCAGUCAUUGAGACCCAGGCUGGUGACGUGUCUGCAUAUAUUCCAACAAAUGUCAUCUCCAUCACUGAUGGUCAGAUCUUCUUGGAGACAGAGUUGUUCUUUAAGGGUAUUCGUCCAGCCAUUAAUGUCGGUUUGUCUGUCAGUCGUGUUGGUUCUGCUGCUCAAACCAAGGCCAUGAAGCAGGUUGCAGGUUCAAUGAAGCUUGAGCUUGCCCAGUACCGUGAGGUUGCUGCUUUYGCACAGUUUGGUUCCGAUUUGGAUGCUGCUACCCAAGCACUGUUGAACCGUGGUGUACGUUUAACUGAGCUCUUGAAGCAAGGACAGUAUGUUCCCAUGGACAUUGCAGAACAAGUAGCUGUCAUUUAUGCUGGUGUCCGAGGUCAUCUUGAUAAAAUGGACCCUGCCAAGAUCACCAGAUUUGAACAAGCUUUCUUGCCACACAUACGCAGCACUCAACAAGAACUCCUAAAGAAUAUCUAUGACGAGGGCCAAAUAUCUGAAGCUAAUGAUGCCAAACUUAAACAAGUCGUUAUCGAUUUCUUGUCAGCCUUUGAGUAAUGCAGCAUCAUAAACACAAUCUUACAUAAAGUGUUUGUAUUAAUAUUUUUUAAAUUUCUGCUGUGUUUGACGAGAGUAGGACAGAUGACUUGUAAUUUUGAUUGAGCCAGAGUGCUGUUUGGAAAGGGAAAUAAAAACAUUGUGAAGAAAAUCAAAA